AUGGGUGAUCCGGUGACAAAUCUUUCAAAGUACAGCUUAACCGAUAGUGAACAUACUGCUCUUAUUAAUGGAUUAGAUCAUGUGUAUCCACCUGAAAAACUCGAUCAACCACAGUUCGUGUGCAAUAUGGAAUACUUUUAUGCACGUCUUUUAAAUGUACGAACUGCGUACCGACACUACGAACAAAAAUCAGCAACUGAAGUUGUUCGACAUCAAUUAACAUCAUUACAGCUUAGUGUCGCAUCUGAAUUACGUGAGACUGCAAAUUCUUUUCGCAAAGUUGCUCAAUCUGAACUGAAGAAAAUCGGUGCCGAACAUCGUAAAACAUUUAAUACUCUUCGUUCUCUUGCCAAAAAUAAAUCGAUCAUUAUCACUCGACCUGACAAGGGCCGUGGCAUGGUCAUCAUGGAUCGCGCAGAUUAUGUACAAAAAAUGAAUGCAAUACUCGAUGAUAGAUCUGCUUUUACUUUAAUCAAUCACGAUCCAACGUUAGAUAAUGAAAAUGAACUAAUUAAAUUUCUGCUUGUCUUAAAAAAAGAAGGUUUUAUAAGUGAUAAAGAAUUCAAGUUGGCAAGUCCAAUUGGAUCAAGACCAGCUCGAAUAUACGGUGUACCUAAAUUGCAUAAAAAACAAGAAAACUAUCCUCUUCGACCUGUAAUGUCAGCUACAAAAACAGUAGCUUAUGGACUCGAGGAGACUUUGAUGGAUCGGUUGAAACAAAGUGGUGUUUGUCAAUGGUAUCGAUAUGUCGACGACACAUUCGUACUUAUUGAACCUACAACAAAAGUCGAAAAUGUACUCGAAAUUCUAAAUAAUUUUCAUCCAUCUAUCAGCUUCACUCAUCAACUUGAAACAAAUGGCUCUCUUCCUUUUCUCGAUGUAUGGGUUACCCGGUCAACUGAAGCUAAGAAAUUUCAAACAGCAGUCUAUCGAAAAGAAACAUUUACCGGUCUUAUGAUAAAGUGA